CUCUCCUCUUCUUUUCCCCUCUUCUUCUGUAUCAACACCUUCUUCUCACUCAAAUCACCAAAUAAUUCUGCAAAAAAGUGGUUGUCAAGAUGCUUAACAACGCUGUCAUCGCCUUCCUCCAGCUCUGGCUUGCUACGCUUGCCUUUGCUGCUCCCAUCGCUGACGAGGUCACUGUCACCGGUGCCCAGCCGUGGCAUUACGGAACUGGUGGUGGAAUUAUUGGUUUCAUCAUUCUGGUUCUCGAUAUUCUUGUCUGGAUUGAGGUCCUUCAGUCGAACCGCCCCGUCUCUCACAAGAUCCUCUGGUGUCUCGUUGUCUUCCUCUUCCCCGUUGUCGGAAUGAUCAUCUACUACCUCUUCUCGAACCGCCAGGCUCACAUGCGCAACUCUGGCUACGACCCCGUUCCCUAAAUGCAUUGUGUCUCAAUUGACGACAGUCGCGCGACACAUAAUAACAAGACGACAGAUGAACAAAUGGGGCUGGGGAAUGACGUACGAGGCAAUGGGAGCAUGGAAGUGGAAAUAGGGAACAAAUACAACAGACAGCGACAUGUGUUUAUAGCAACGAAUUGACGAAACAUUACUCUGAAUUUUGGAGUACGCCUUGCAAUUGUGACAACAUGGCC